UAUCCCAGAACAAAGGAAUGCAGCAGAGAAGCCGACAGAGAGUUCCCUUGCUUCAACGACACAAGACAGGUUGCAAAGCCAAAAGGAAUCUGAUGCUCAGAAAGCUGUGGCUGAUGAUUGUUCUAGUGCAAAUGAGGCUGAUAAAAUCAGCCCUGAUGAUUCCAAUUCAGAUGGUGCUGAUGUGCCCAAAGGGAGGCCAAUGUCUCCUGCAACUUUGGCAUUGAUGUGUGAUGAACAAGAUACAAUGUUCAUGUCAGCUGCUUCUCCUAAUGGAUUAAUGGGCGAUCGCUGCAACACAUCUUCACAGUUGCCUAAUGGACAAGGAAUGACAGAGGUCUAUGCAGAACAGGAAAGGAUUGUUUUGACGAAGUUCCGAGAUUGUCUUAAUAGGCUCAUUACUUUUGGAGAAAUAAAAGAAACAAAGUGCUCAUCAUUAGCCCGGAGUGAAGCAGAAACUCAAAAAGAGCAGCCCAGCAAUGGCAGUACAAAUGCAAGAAUGGAAACAGGAAAUCAGCAGGGACCAGUUAGCAAUGGUGUAGCAAAACCUGCUGUUCCACUCACGGCCAAGACGACAACACCACAUAUGGUUGCUGCGUUAGCCGUUAGUAAAACUCCCUCCCAUCCGGAAAAUGGAGAAAGUAGACCGAAAGAUUAAAACAGACCUGUAAAGAUUUAGCACACAAGAUUUGCCCAAGGUAUUGUUUUUCUUUGACUUGUCUACGACGCAGCG